CUAUGCUCGACGCAGGCCUCGAUAGAAGGAGAUUGGCCCCCACCCCAAGAUUCUUGAUUCAGAUGUCUCCCAAACGCUCACUGUCGCUGCUCGUAAUGCACGUAGUGCCCGUCCUCCGUUCGCUUCCUUGUCUUGUGCGAUCCCGUUUUCAUGACCACCCCCGCCCUACCCAAAUUGCUAAAUAUUUGAUCUGUUUUAUAUGACUUGUCUCAAUCGAAAUCGACGCGGAGAGUCUGUAGUCGAUAAGAGCCGAUCGAAGCUACUUGGUACACCCACCGGAUUCCCCUCCAAAUAUGCCUCAUCCGAAUGACUACACAGUCGGUUGGAUAUGCGCCAUUAAUAUCGAGUCGAUCGGAAAACACAAUGUCGUCAUUGCUGUGCUGCCCAAAGGACAGUAUGGACUGGUAAAUGCUGCAAGCGUUGCAAAGGACAUGUCGCACAGCUUUCCUAAUAUUAGAUUUGGUCUGCUGGUUGGUAUUGGCGGUGGGGUACCAAGUUUGAAGCAUGACAUCCGACUAGGAGAUGUUGUAGUCAGCGCGACUAGUGAAGAGAAGGGUGCUGUGUUUCAGUAUGAUUUUGGCAAAACGAUUCAAGAUCAGAACUUUCAUGUCACCGGGUUCUUGAAUCAGCCACCACAGAUCUUGCAGACGGCAACAAGUGGACUUCAAGCUCAGUAUCGAAGGAAGGGACAUCGGCUCCAUGAGACUAUUUGCCUUAUUCUCCAGAGAAACCCAAGAUUGCGGAAGGAAUACAUGCGUCCUGACGAAAGCACAGACAGGCUGUACCGAGCUGACGUUACCCACGACGAAGCAUGUUGCACAGCUGCCACCAACCAGGACACAUCAAAACUGAUACCGCGCACCCUAAGAACGAAAAAUGAGGAUAACCCAGCGGUUCAUUAUGGUCUAAUCGCUUCAGCCAACCAGUUGAUGAAAGAUGCUUCAGUCCGAGAUCGACUUUCCAAGGAGACCAACGUCCUUUGUUUCGAAAUGGAAGCGGCAGGGUUGAUGAAUCACUUCCCAUGCCUGGUUAUUCGCGGAAUUUGCGAUUACUCGGACACUCAUAAGAACAAGGAGUGGCAAGGGUAUGCAGCUAUGACAGCCGCGGCAUAUGCAAAAGAUCUCCUCAACCGUAUUACACCAAAUAGAGUGGAAGCCGAGAGGAAGCUUGGCGAGGUUCUAAAAGAAAGGUUCACAUAUAGGUAUUCAGUUAUUACAAGUAGCAGUACGGAGGUUUUUCAUCAUGUGGUUAUUGAGCAUGCCUUCCUCAAACUCAGACGCUACCAGAACCGCGACUGUAACAAACACGAGAUCAUUUCCAUUCCACUCAAUGGAUACGGUGUGAAAUACCUGACGUUUCUCCAGAAAUGCAACCUAUUUCUUAAAAUCAAGGUCGCCCGUAAAGCACGUCUCACCUACACGGACUUUUCUUUAAAAUAUAUCAACAGAUAUAUGCGGAAGAGCCCGCACUUAUCAACUGUUUUACAUAAUGCUACGAAGAAACUAGCAGGAGACUGCAAGACAUCCCGGCUCGAUAAAAGUUCGAAAGGAACAAAACUCGGGAGUUUCCUCGCCUCAUCAAUACCAGAUUUGCAAAUUAUGAAGAUGCUGGAGAAAUUGUCUGCAUAG